GGCAGGGCCCGGAAGUCCCGCGUCGCGGCCGUGGCGGGACGGUGUCUGCGCGCAGCGUGCGCGGCCGCGUGGGCCAUGGGGCGGCGGGCGCGGGGCCGGCGGCUCCAGCAGCAGCAGCAGCCGCGGCCCGAGGGCGCGGAGGACGGCGCCGAGGGCGGCGGGAAGCGCAGCGACGCGGGCUGGGAAGGCGGGUACCCCGAGAUCGUCAAGGAGAACAAGCUUUUCGAGCACUACUACCAGGAGCUGAAGAUCGUGCCCGAGGGCGAGUGGGACCAGUUCAUGCAGGCUCUCCGGGAGCCCCUCCCGGCCACUCUGAGAAUCACUGGCUACAAGAGCCAUGCAAAAGAGAUCCUGCAUUGCUUGAAGAACAAGUAUUUCAAGGAAUUGGAAGACCUGGAGGUAGAUGGUCAGAAAGUUGAAGUUCCACAGCCACUAAGUUGGUAUCCUGAAGAACUUGCCUGGCACACAAAUUUAAGUCGGAAAAUCUUGAGAAAGUCUCCACAGUUGGAAAGGUUUCAUCAGUUCCUGGUUAGCGAAACUGAAUCUGGAAACAUCAGCCGACAGGAAGCCGUCAGCAUGAUCCCUCCGCUGCUGCUUAAUGUUCAGCCGCAUCAUAAGAUCUUAGAUAUGUGUGCAGCACCUGGAUCGAAGACCACGCAGUUGAUUGAAAUGCUGCAUGCGGACAUGAGCGUUCCCUUUCCAGAGGGAUUUGUGAUCGCUAAUGAUGUGGACAACAAGCGUUGCUAUCUGCUUGUUCAUCAAGCCAAAAGGUUGAGCAGUCCCUGUAUCAUGGUGGUCAACCACGAUGCAUCCAGCAUACCUAGACUCACCAUAGAUGUGGACGGAAGGAAAGAGGUUCUCUUCUAUGACCGAGUUCUGUGUGAUGUCCCUUGCAGUGGAGAUGGCACUAUGAGAAAAAACAUUGAUGUUUGGAAGAAGUGGACCACCUUAAACAGCUUGCAGCUGCAUGGCUUACAGCUGCGAAUCGCCACACGAGGAGCUGAGCAACUGGCCGAGGGUGGCAGGAUGGUGUAUUCCACGUGCUCCCUGAACCCCAUAGAGGACGAAGCUGUCAUAGCAUCUCUUCUGGAGAAAAGCGAAGGUGCUCUUGAACUUGCUGACGUAUCUGCAGAAUUGCCAGGACUGAAGUGGAUGCCAGGAGUUACGCAGUGGAAGGUUAUGACCAGGGAUGGGCAGUGGUUUGCAGAUUGGGCCGACGUUCCCCAUAGCAGGCAUACCCAGAUUCGACCUACCAUGUUCCCACCAAAGGACCCGGAAAAGUUACGGGCGAUGCACUUGGAGCGGUGCCUUAGAAUAUUACCACAUCAUCAAAAUACUGGAGGGUUCUUUGUGGCAGUAUUAGUGAAAAAAUCUUCCAUGCCAUGGAAUAAACGUCAGCCAAAGGUACAGGGUAAAUCUUCAGAGACCAGAGAAGCCACACAGUUGAGCCCUGCAACUUGUGCAGAGGGGAAACCUGUGGACACUGUGGAGCCAGAAAGCCAGCUGACCACGGGAACUGGUGACUCAGAAAUAACUCAGACACCUGAGAAUCUAGAGAAUAAUGAAAAUAAGAAAGAUGGUGUGUGUGGUCCUCCUCCGUCAAAGAAAAUGAAGUUAUUUGGAUUUAAAGAAGACCCUUUUGUGUUCAUUCCCGAGGAUGACCCAUUAUUUCCACCUAUUGAGAAGUUUUAUGCCUUGGAUCCGUCAUUCCCAAGAAUGAAUUUGCUAACUCGAACUACAGAAGGGAAGAAAAGGCAACUCUACAUGGUUUCUAAGGAGCUGAGGAAUGUGCUUCUGAACAACAGUGAAAGGAUGAAGGUUAUUAACACAGGGAUAAAAGUCUGGUGUCGAAAUAACAGUGGUGAAGAAUUUGAUUGUGCCUUCCGGUUGGCACAGGAGGGAAUCUAUACAUUGUAUCCAUUUAUUAAUUCAAGAAUUAUCACAAUAUCAAUGGAAGAUGUGAAGACAUUGUUGACCCAGGAAAAUCCUUUUUUUAGAAAACUCAGCAACGAGACAUACAGUCAAGCCAAGGACCUGGCAAAAGGAAGUGUCGUACUGAAGUAUGAGCCGGAUUCUGCGAAUCCCGAUGCCCUGCAGUGCCCCAUUGUGCUGUGUGGCUGGCGGGGAAAGGCCUCAAUUCGAACUUUCGUGCCCAAGAAUGAACGGCUUCAUUAUCUCAGGAUGAUGGGGCUGGAGGUGUCUGGAGAAAAGAAGAAAGAGGGGCUUGCUCUCACCAGUGACAGCACAGCCACCCCUGAGCUGCCAGAGGACGGGCUGGGUGAGGAGCUGAGGGCAGAGGAAGCUGGCCUUCCUGAAGCCACCCCAGGCUGCAACCCCACAGCACCUGAUACACCCCGGUGAGGACACCCCACACACUGGCCUGGUCUCCAUUGGCCCUUGGUGACAAACCAAAUACAGAAUGUCUUCUGAGCUGUAAAGUCUAUAUUUUUAAAAACUGAAAACUGAUGGGAAGAUUGAUGGAGUGGUCUGGGAGGAUUGGUCCUGCUUCUGUGUGGAGCUCGUGAGAAAGUAUUUUUUAGCACCUAGGAGUUGCUCAUUUCAUAGUUGGCUUGUCUGUCACUGUGACAGACUUUCACCUUAAAAUCAUCUUCCUCAAGAAAGUUGCCCCUGCAGAAUGUUCUGGUCCCUUUCGUUAAGCCUAUAUUGGUCUUAAGUUCUGGUCUCUUUAAAUUAUUUAUAGGAAGAAUUUAUAGCUCCUUAGGAAGUCUUGGGAACUUCCAUAACUCUCCUAGCAUGUCGAGGUGCACAUCAGCAGUGUGGCGCUGAUGUGCGGUGGGGUUGGAAUCUGGACCUCAGGUGACUGCUGUGCCUUUGUAACAAAGGUGACUAGCUUUUCAGAGUAAGCACUCUGUUGUGAACUGGGAUACUAAUUAUGGGGCCUUUUAUGUGCUUUUAUUCAGUUUUUAUUUCUAAAUGGGAUUGGGGUCUUUUUUAUUUUAAAUGAAUCCUUGGGAUGUUUAAAUAAAAAGCUAUUAAUGAUGAUGCAUA